GGGCCUUCCGCAACUGCAAAUGGGCCCAUGAGAGAAUCUGAGCCCAAAGUCGGAGGAUGAGCUCAUGUGCCGACUCCGACCGCCGAAUACAAUCUCAGCCGCCGCCAUUUUCGUUCCCGCCACGCCCUCUUUCCUUGGUUGGUCUCCCUCCCUCUUCGGUCGUCUGCUCUGCUCUUCUCCGCUCCUCUGUCUCUCUCUCUCUCUCUCGAGCAGCGAGGAGCAGAGGUCAGCGCUAUGGGCUCCGGGGGAGAGGUGAGAGGGACUGUACCCUCACCUCCUGAUACUGGAAAAUCGCCUCUUCACCACAUCUUCAAAGACGCAAUAUCCGCGAUUCUGACCUCAGAGUCUGUAGGACCUUCACUUCUAAGGAGUCUGUACGCAUUCUUAAGGAAUUUUACAUUGAGGACAUCGUUAGCCGUCUCAUAUCAACAGGACAUCCUCAAACUCUCCAGUAUUCUCUUCAACGAUCUGGAAGAUAGAUUCAAACAAUAUUUCGUCUCCUUGAAGGAGUUUUCUAAGUGUUCUACUGCUCGAGAGAAGACUGCCCGACCAUCUCUAGAAUUCUGGUGCCAAAUCGAAGAGUUGGUUCUGCUCUUAAGAUGCUGUCUGGCAACGUUGACCUGGCCCAGCUUUGAUCAAAGUCUUGUUCUAGAAAAGGCUAAAUUUCUCCUCUCGAUACUCAGGAGGCUAAUCUCCUUUGAUGUGAGUGGUAGGAACGGAGAGCAGCUCAUUAUCUUCAGGAAGUUCCGGAGGAAACGAACUUAUGAUGAUGACAAUGGUUACACCACUUCAGUUGUUGAGGACUUCUUUGCCUCCUUACGUUUCUUUGAACCUACGGAUCCGUGCUGUUCAUCAUUAUGUGCACUUCUGGAGGUUUUUGCUGAUGAGCUUCUGGCUGCAGAAUCACUGAGGAAAUGCUUUGUAUGUGUUGAGUCUGCAUUGUCCUGGCAACCACUAUUUAAGAUCAAUGUUAGCAGCAGCGAAAUCGAAUUGGUCUUGGAGGUCAUAUGCGCUCAUCUAAUCCUGCUUGUGUCUGAUGAGCAAGCAGUCGAGAAUGCUUUGGACAGAUUGAACAGGCAGCAUAUGAAGGAACCCCGCUUUCCCGAACUUAGUGUGUCAGGAGCAUUAAAUUUACUUCUUAAUCCCAUUCUGCUGUCUGCUCCACAAUUGUUCCAGGCACAUCUGAUUCUACUCGUUUCAGAAGCGAUCGAUGCUGACAUGUCACAGCAAACAAUGGGAUUGCAUGUCAGAGAAAUUGAUUUCUACUUCAUAGCAUUCGAGAAGUCUCUAUACAUGUAUAAGAGACAUAUCUCUUCUUACUGGGAUGAUAUUCCUCUAGGAUAUAGGGCUUCAUUUUCUUAUUCAUGUCCACUGGAAAGAAGUCUGCCAUCUUUCAGAUCUUGUAUUAAGCUAGUGACAGAACAGAAACUUGAUUUGCUUGAGGCCAGAUCAGAAUCUCUGUGGAGCCUGCAUAUGCAGAAUAAGCCUUCAGAGAGCAAGGAUGACCUUCUUUCCACAUCCAUCGCGUACAUCAAAGAGAAUGCAGGUGUUCUUGAGGAGUCGUGCAGAGAUGAGAUGUCAUCAGUCUUAAUCUCACUAACAUUGAGAGCCUUCUCUGAUGCUCCUUGUGACGGCAGCCUCUAUAUGAAACAGGGUGGAAGCCCAAAGGACAUUUACCUUCUUUCGUCCAUUUUGAGGUUGAUGAGUAACUCCAUGAUGCGAAUCGUGUGGUGCUUAAGACAUGGUGGGAAUAAUGGUCGUCUAAAUGAAUUGAAGGACUUCUCGUCAUGCAGGGUGUAUGAACUACUGCUUGGUGCAAUGCGCUGCUCUCAGCAGUUUAAUGUCCAUUUACCAGUUCAAAGUUCCUUUUGCAAGAUGAUGAGGGCUCAUCCAAUUUGUAGGCAUAAGGAGUCCAAUUGGAUGCUUUUGCAAUUUUCAGGAUUACUAUCUCUUUGUUUUGUUGGCGGGUUCGAUUUCUUGGUUAAGGCUUGCUUGUCUGUGAUGGCUGCGCUUUUGAAUCUGAUCAUUUUCGAAGAAGGGAGUCUGCUUGCACUAAGGUCCCAGCUCCGUAUUGGACACAAAUCCUCAGCUUUUGGACACUCUUGUGGAGAGGAAGAGGCUGCAGGAGAACAGAGAUCUAGUGAAAAGAGAAAGAGGUCCAGUCAAAUCGCCUCAACCUUUCUCAAAAUCCAGAGACAUUGCUCAUGUAUCCAAGAAGAGUCAGGAGAUCAUGCAGACUCUGUUGGCCUCACUGGGAGACAAGAAGAAACUUGUAGUGGGGAAGUCUUCUUCAAGUGUGUGCUGGGAGCAUCAGAACAAGAUUACAGUGAUUUGGUAGAUUUUGUCGAAUUCAAAGAGGGGAAGGACUAUUCCUUGUGGUUGAAAAAUCGGGAAAAGUACCGGAGAUGGAGAUUGGAGAAGACGGCGGUUGUGAGGUGGAGGCGGAAGAAAAUGACUAUGAGGAAGAUCAACCUAAGGAAAAGAUAACAGCUAGAGCUAGUUAGUGGUGACCUCGGCAUGUAAAUUAAGAUGAAGUUAGCGCGCGGGUGUGUGCAGUUUAUUUUCAGAUGAAAACAGUGUAUGGCGACUUCGUAAAUGUCAAAUAAUCAGCUAGAAGAUCUAUCAUGUCUA